AGAAAGGAAGGAAGCGAUGGUGUUCUUUAUGUCGUAUCCGCCGACACGGCGGCAGAUGAUGGUGUCUGUUGGGUUUUUCGCGGCGGGUGUUUCUCUCUUCGCAGCCGGAGCGUAUCUAUCACUCGAAAAUAUAGGACCGCAGCAAGCUCGCGUCAAGGCUCGGAACCAGUUCGUUAAAGAUCGAAUCAGGAAAUGGCUCGACGAUUAGAGCUAAGGAAUCCCUUUGGUGCUGAUUCUCACUGUAAUUUUAGAUUUUGAAGUGAAGGGUUCGUUAAGGGUUAAGCGAUCUGAAUCUCCAGUUUAAUGACAAUUCGUGCGUUUAUGUUAAAUAUCGAAAAGCUCGUACAUUGUUAAAAGUUUCAAGCUUUUUUUACUUACA